AUGGCUUCAACACCACAAGUAAACCCUGUCUGUCGCUUUGAAGACCAUAUCACAACAACAGACGACCACCACCAUACGCACACACAUGGUGGAGAACAUUUGCAUUCACACGAUGAACAUGGGCAUACGCACGAACAAUUAGAUACUCCUGGUAAAUUUAAAGAACGAGAACUACCGAAUUACGGUAAUAGAAAUUGGAAAGAACGCGCAUUUACUGUUGGAAUUGGAGGAUGGCCAAAAAUCUCAAAAAGACCAGUUGGCUCCGGUAAAACAGCGCUAAUGCUCGCAUUAUGUCGCGAAUUUCGCGACAAAUAUUCCAUCGCCGCAGUAACUAACGAUAUUUUCACGCGCGAAGACACUGAAUUCCUCGUUCGUCAUAACGCGUUGCCGGCCGAACGUAUUCGUGCAAUUGAGACUGGGGGGUGUCCGCAUGCUGCUAUUCGCGAAGAUAUUUCAGCGAAUUUGAAUGCGUUAGAGGAGUUACAUGCGAAAUUUAAUACGCAGCUGUUGCUUGUUGAGAGUGGGGGCGAUAAUUUGGCUGCUAAUUAUUCGAGGGAACUAGCCGAUUACAUCAUUUAUGUUAUUGACGUAGCAGGCGGCGACAAAAUCCCACGAAAAGGCGGACCAGGAAUCACACAGUCGGACUUAUUGAUCAUCAAUAAAACGGACCUUGCCGAGAUAGUCGGUUCUGAUUUGGGUAUAAUGGAACGAGAUGCGCGAAAAAUGAGAGAAAAUGGCCCAACUUUAUUCACACAAGUGAAAAACGGAGUCGGUGUUUCUGAGGUGGCUGAUUUGAUUAUUGGUGCUUGGAGAGCAAGUGCUGCUGCGGAUAGCAUAUAA